AUGAAAUUAGUAAAGUAAGUUUACAGCUUUGAUUUUAUAUUAGAUGUUGGUUUAAAGCGAUUUUAAAACAUUUAAUUUAAGACAAAUGAAUGCCAUUUGUAUACUUGUAUAAAUAUUAAUUUAAUAAUAUCCUAAAUUUUAAGAAUUACCAUGACUAGACCUAAUCACUUAAAGAAUCAAACAUCAAACCUUAAAAUUUGUUUUUGGCAUACAUCGGUUUAUUUGUUUUCCUAUAAAUAUUUGAUUUUAUUAUGAAAAAUACAAGAUUUAUAAUUUAACAAUGCACCAUAAGAUACAAAAGAAAUAACCUUUUAUUGAAGUCCAAAUAUAAGAUUUUUAAUUUAAGGAUUUGAAUGAAUUUUAGAGACGUUAUAUUAGCAUAUAUCUAUUAUUUACUCUACUAACAAUUUGUUUCGUUUUAUUUCUUAUAAAAUAAGUAUAUAAGUACUUUACAACCCUACAACCCAAGAUGUAAAAAAUAAACAAAUCAUAUGAAAACUUUGUAGAUAAUAUUUGGUUUUUUACUUUAUGCCUUACAUUAUUUUGUAUUAAUACAUUUUAAUUUAAUUUGUACUAAAUUUUUGUAAAUCUGAAUUUAAGGGUAAAUAAUAUGAUUAAUUUUAUUUUACAGGUUUUUAAUGAAACUCAGUCAUGAAACUGUGACCUUAGAACUCAAAAAUGGUACUAGUGUACAUGGAACUAUCACAGGUAAAAAUAUAAUAUUUUUAAAACGUUCCUUUUUUAAUUUAUCAAUUGUCAAUCUAUACUUCAUGCCAGAGAGUGCGAUAAUUAUACUCGUAUCCUCUCAUUACAUGGAGUAUUGUGUAUUUUAUUUAUUACAUAUUUUUAUGCCAUUUUCAUUAAUUGGUGUUCCCAUAAUUAAUAAGUAGAUAACCGGGUACUUGACUAUUACCUAUCCAGACAGCACCUGAUUGCAUAUACAAUUUAAAAUUUAAAUUUUAUACUGGAUGAUACAUUGUAGGAAAAAAUCUGAGAAUUUGUUUUGCUUACAGAAUUAGAACAAAAGUUAAAACUAAUCCAUUAAACGUUAUAAAUUGUUAUUUUACUUGGGACAAUAUUUUCCACCAAUACUAUGUCCCAAUUAAUUCAUAACAUACAGCAAACAAAUUUAAUAAUUCAGUAAAUCAGUAUUAAAUCAUUAAUGUUAUAAAGUUGUAUUUCAUGAUUUAACAAUUUUUAUAAAAUUUUAGGUGUUGACGUAGCAAUGAACACUCAUCUUAAAGCUGUCAAAAUGACUGUAAGAAAUCAACAACCUAUACAUUAUGAAUCGCUUAGUAUUCGAGGUAAUAACAUUCGAUACUAUAUUUUACCCGAUUCGCUUACUCUUGAAACACUAUUAGUCGAUGAUGCACCCAAAUCACGAAUGAAUCGUGGAGGACGAGGUGGUCGUGGAGGUUUGUAUUUUAUUUUUUAAAUAUAUAAAUAUAUAAAAGUUGAACUCAAAUACGUAAUUAUGUUUUAUAGGACCAGGAAGGGGUGGUCGUGGCCGUGGAGGUCCAAGAGGUAGAGGAGGCCGUGGAGGGCCUCGUGGAAGUGGUGGGCGAGGACGUGGUGGCCCACCUCGACGUUAA